AAGAAAAAAAAAUGAAGUGAUUGUAAAAGUGUUGACAGUGCUGUUCGGCGUUUAUCACAUAAUUACCUUUUAAUAGUUGACAGAGUUAAAAACAACGACGGAAAAUGGAUAUCGCCAAGGAAAAAAUAUUGGCAGUGAAAAAAAACAAUACAAAAGGAUAUGGGAUGCAAAAGGAAUGCGAAGCUUUGGUAGGCUACGUAUUGAAAAAUAUGAUCAAAUCAAAUAUGCCACCCUUAGUAGCCGAAGUGAAAAAUGACAAAGAUUCGGCAAAGUUUCGGGAAGAAGGUAAUCAAAGCUUCGUGUCGGGCGACGACGACGACGCGAUCGAGAAGUACACGAUGAGCCUGGCGUUCGCCAAGAGCCGCGAGUCGAUGGGCCUGGCGUUCGCCAACCGAUCGGCGGCUCUCUAUCGCAAGCAGCUCUAUCGCGAGUGCCUGAUCGACAUCGACGCCGCGCUCGGCCACGGCUAUCCCGAGGACAAGAGGAUCAAGCUCAAGGAGCGCGCGGUCAAGGCGGUCGCGUCGCUCCGACAGCUCUGCAGCGGCAAGGAUCAGAACAUGAACGACUUGCCGGCGGCCAGCGUGCCGAGGGCUCCUCCUCAGCCACAAGACUCGAGCAAAACCACCAGCAACGGUACCGGCGGCAACGGCAGCGAGCUCAAGGAUUACGCCCUGAUCAAGAACAUCAUCGAGGAUGGCAAGAGCAGCGACAAGUCGUCGCAGAGGUCGGUCAGCAGCAGCAGCAGCGACGACGGCCUGGUGAAGGAGAGCCUGGAGGAGAUGAUGAGCAAGAGCUCGCGAGGCCCGCCGAGAUACGUCGUCGAGGAAGGCGAGCUGGCCCUGGCCUACGGCGCGAACGACGAGGUGCCGGCGCUCAGCAAGGGCGCCACGAUCGUCUACACGGAGAAGUACGGCAGGCACCUGGUGGCCACGCAGCACUUCAAGGCCGGCGACAUCAUCCUCACGGAGAAUCCCUACGCCUACGUUAUUUACCGUGAGAAAUACUACACCCACUGUCAUCACUGCCUGACGCGCAGCUUCAAUCUCAUCUCCUGUCCGCACUGUCCGAUAGCCCAGUACUGCUCGGAGAAGUGCAUGCGCGACGCCUGGCAGCUGGCCCACCAGCUCGAGUGUCCCAUACACGCAGUCUUCUCGAAGCUGCUCAACGUCGACAAGGACAAAAUCAGGAUACUUACCAAAAUCACGAGGAUGCUGAUAAUCGCCACCAAGAGCGGCCGAGCUAUCGACGAGCUUCGCAAGGACUGCCUCGAAGCUGAGAAAAAUCCUGACAAAAGAAAGCAAGGAUUCACGGACGCGGGUAUCUUCGACAGCGCGAGCGCGAGGUGCGCUCUGAGCCUCGCGACCAAUCUGCCGGUCAGGCCGCCGAUCGAGAUAAGCGCCUUCUCCUGCAUAUCGGCGCUGGCCGUGAUCCUUCUGGCCCUGAGGACGAAAUUCUUCCAGGACACGACGCACACGGCCGAGCAGCUGAGGGAUCUCGCCGAGAAGGACGACGAUAUGGUAUUCUGUGCCGCCAUCGUCUUUCGCAGCUGCGUCAUCAUAUCGUCCAAUUCGUUCUCGGUACAACAAGAGCCAGGAGUGAAGGUCGGCUCGGGCCUCUACGUCACGGCCAGCCUGCUCAAUCACUCGUGCUGCCCGAACACGUUUCGCCACUACUUCGGCCUGCAGAUGGUCACGCGAGCCCUCGAGCCCAUCAAGCCGGGCGACCAGAUAUUCACCUGUUACGGAGGCGGCUAUCAGUACAUGGGGCGCUCGGAGCGCCGACGGAAGAUGGCCGAGUCGUACUUCUUCGACUGCGACUGUCAGGCUUGCGCCGAGGACUGGCCCAUCUACCUGGACAUACUGCGCAAUCACGUGGGCUCCAUCGCCAAGACCAAUCGGCCGCUCGUGGACAAGCUCAAGCCCUACAGGCAGAGGCUGCUGGCCGACAAGUACGACAUCGACGCGGUGAAGAGCAUCCUCGAGGUGCUCUACGCCGAGGCCAAGAUGCCAUGCGAGGAGAUCGUCCACGCUGUCCAGUAUCUCAAGAGCUACUAUCUCGAUCCAUAAACUCGAUAAAAAUUGGAUGCAAAGGAUAAUGAUAAGUAAAUUGUACUUACUUUUGAAUUUGACGAAACUCAGUUCCUUGAAUUAAUGUGACAUGUCGAAAUGUACAUUAGUAACUUGUUUGUGUCUUGUCUAUGUCUUGAUUUUUAUGUUAAAAGUGUACAUUCAAAGAUAUUACUCAUGCAAAAAGACGAAAGAAAAAAAAAUUAAUUCUUCA